UUGUUAUUCAGAAAGUAAGUUGGUGGGGAUUUUUAUAAGGUUGUAGAGAGUCUAUAAUGAACAAGUUGUAAAGAGCUAGUGUCAUAGUUGCCGUUAAGUGACAAUGGAACCAGGUAGAACUCUAGAACUUGUGCAAUGCAUUUGUAUGGCUAUAAAGAACUUUUCAGGUAGCGUUGACAUGUCAGACAGUGAGGAAGCCCCUGCUCCGAAUAAGGAUGAGAUUAUCUAUAGGGUAAACUACUCCAUGAAGAAGUGGGAUGGAGGCAGCACACAGAGUGUCAGUCUUACUUUUAACAGUGAUGGCUUCUAUUGCUGUUUACACCUGCUGACAUUAAAGGCCAGUUCUUCAGCUCUUCACAAUGGACUCAAUUCCAGCAACUCCCCAAGGCUUUCAGCAUUAGACCGAGAGUGCAAAGGCAUCCUUCCUGGACUGGGAACAAGUUCUCAGUCUCUGGAGCAUGUAGUUGAACAUUGUCCAGGUGCCCUCUUCAUAUCACAUGAGCCAAUGUAAUGAAUCUAUUUUUAUAAUUUAGCUGUACUUACAUUCUGUUGAUUCUUUUCAUCUAGGGAUCCAUACGGCAAUUAGAAUUUUAGGAGCAUAAAUUAAGCCAUGAACACAGCAAAGAAGUUUCCUGAAAAGUCUCAGCCGAGACACAGAAAACAGCAAAAUCUUCAGGAGAUGCUGACUGAAGUGGGUUUGUCUGUUGACUACUGGCUGCCUAAGCUUCAGAAAGAUCUGGGUGUGACCUGUGUCCAGGCUUUACAACACUUAGAAGAAAAAGACCUCCAGAAGUUGAAGUCCCAUAUACAACACACCUGGGAGCAACGGGCUCUGAAAAAGCUGCUUGACCUCUCACAGCCAAACAGUGUUGUAGAGACUUGGGAAGAUGAUAGGAACAGGCACCAGCAAGCAAAACAGGCACUGCAGGAACUGAGGGCCUUGCAGUCAGAAGGGAAACACAGACAGGAAAAGGAAGUGAGGAAGAAAGAAGCAGAACUGAGGCUAGCAAUGGAGAUCCCAGAAGAGUGCUGGCCAGGGCUGGAAGUACCCCUCAAUGAUGUCACUGAAACAAUGGUGAGACAUCUCAAGGAUAUGGAUCCCAAACUUCCCUACAGUGGAAACUUCCCCGAUAGAGACCUGGUAAGAUGGGCAUCUGGAGGACUGGCUCUGCAGGGAAUUUAUAAGACAAGCAAACAAGGGGACCUGGUAGUGAAGAGAGAAGAGCUACUCAGGGUCCCCAAGGAAUUCUUCCUCUUUGGACCUGAGCAAGGUAAAAGGAUGGAAACAAGAGACUUCACAUCAUCUCAAGCAGAAUCCUUGUUCACCAAGGCUGUGGAGAAGCUGGGAUUUGGAGCAAUGACAUCAGCCACAGGAGGAUGCUGGGGAUUUAGUCUGGAAAGCAAACAUUCAGAAUCCAAGGACACACAACAGUCAUAUUCAGCGAAGUUCAGUUAUGUGCCCCUGGCCUCCUUGCACUUUCAAACUGAUCAGCUUCAGCUCUCCCCUGCUGCUCUCAGAGAACUGAAAAUCAUCGAGGAACAACUGGAACACACUGAUGGACCAGACAGAUUCCUCUUACUAAGAAACAGGAUUGAAAACUUCUUUAAUAGGUUUGGCUCUCAUGCUAAUCAAGGCAGUCUACACCUUGGGGGAAUCUACUGCUGGAAGGCCAUUUCAGAGGGUUUCAACAGUGACCAGCUGGGUCAUGUGAAGCAGCAGACAGCAGACGCCUUGGAUCAAUACAUAAGAAGGAGCUCCAGUGGCUUUGGGAUUAAAGUUGUUGGAAGGGUGAAAGCAUCACACUCACAUUAUGUAAGAUUGUGUCAGAAUGUAGCUAACGAAAUGUUUCAAUUCAAUGUCCAGUUAUCUGUGGCCCAGAUAGGUGGACCAAUAGCAAAUGGAAUUGUUCACUGAACAACUGGUCUUCUUGCCAGCAACAAAAUGAUUAUCAUUGACCAGGAACUUCAGUUGGUACCAGUUUGGGACAUCAUCCUUAGCAACCACAGAAGUGAUUUUAAGAACCCACUUCAACUGGCUAAAUGUCUAAAUGAAAACUACACUGUCCUGACUGGCCUUGCUGUUCAAAUCCCAGAUGAAGAAUAUUUGUGCAGUCUUGGGCAAGAAAUUAGACUUUCAAAAAAUAUGAAUUUCCAAGAAGUUUCUGAUGAGAGGAAACUUAAGAGACUGAUAAAUUCCAUGAAAGCCUUAAGUCAAAAAACCACAAGUUAUAACAUUUGGACUUAUAUGUCUUUUACAGAUUGGCAACUGCAGAAUUUUCUAAUUAGCACAAUCAACUUUCUCAAAGAAGCAGCUGCUUAUGUAAGCACUCAAGUGUGUAGAUUUCUAGAACCUCAUGUCUACAAAGUGACAAACUUCCCACAGGCAUCAUCUACUAUGGAGUGUAUCUACCACUCAGAGAAAGAGGAAGAAAAGGUCAAAAUCAUCUCCUUUGCUCAAUUCGUUAAGGAAUUAUAUAUCUUAAUCUUAAAGCAAAUUAAAAAGAAACUAGUAGGAGUGAAUAUGAAAAAUAAGUCUUCACAAACAGUGGAAGAGGCUCAGAGAAAAGCUACAUGUGAUGUCACCACAGCUCUGACAUCCUUCUUGAACUUUCUCAGAGAAUCAGAGCAGCCUGACAUGCAGCUGCUACUGCACUCCAUUGCAGCUGGUGCAGGUUAUCGGCUGGACGACAAUGCUCUUCAGCCUGUUCUGGGGUGGGCAGAGUUAAACUUCCUCUUGGAUGAAAUACAAACUGCCCAACAGAAAUACCAAGAGCUUAAAAAUGUCUGUAAUUACAGAGCCCAGGCAUUCCUGGUGCUCACAGCUCUGAGAGCCACAGUUGGAAGCACAGAUAUUUCUAUAGGUGAGAAAAUAAAACGUUUGGUAUUAGUAAGACAACAUAUAGGACAACUCUUAUCUGAAGAAGUUGUAAACAUCCUCACAAAACAUGGAGCACACCAUGAUUGGGAAAAUCUUGAGAAUGAUUUGAGAUUACUCAUUUAUGGGGACUAUAAAGCCAUUACCCCUUCUUUGCCUAUGGACAUAGUGAAAACAAAAUUGCAAAGUCUUCGUAAUGAAAUUAAAGAGUCUUAUAAACAACUAAGUAUUGAAAACAUCAAAAAGGUAGUGAUGGACAAUGAAUCUUUCAUACACUUACUCCAACGUCUAGGCCUAGAUCAUCACUAUCCAAAAAAGAUGAGCAAAGCUGAUUUCCACCAGAUCUAUAAGAUGUCUGUCUACAAGUCUGAGCCAAGAUCUGAACAGGAACUUCCCUUCUACUUCCUGCAAAAACUACUGAUAUUAGAUUGCAGGCUGAGACAACUGAUCUUCAAGGAUGGGAGACACCAGGUCUCUAGAUGCUCCUACAACCAGGAUAAUGAGGCUUUUGAUCCAUAUGAAGAGUUAUUUGAAGAGACUGAAGAUAUUGUUAAGUCAUCAGCAAAAAUGUCCCAGCCCCACAUUCACCCAAUGGACUUCCAGAUGGCCAUUUUCCACUGUGCAGAUUAUCUUGCCAGGCAAUACAUUUUGGGCAAACUUUCCAUUUGUCAGUUUGCACUCCCCCUUGUGGUGCCAAAUCCCAACACUUCUCAGAUGGAAUUCUCUCUCUGGUCUCUCAGACAAAUCAGGAGAAGUUGGCAAGAGUCAAGUAAAUCACUAUAUGGCAAGAGCUACAGUCACAAGAAUCAGCAGAUGUGCUGUGUCUCUACCCCCAGAGUGUCCUUCAUUAGAGUUGGAAAAGGCCUCUCCGCUUCCAAAUCUCAGAUCAUGAACUCUCUCCUCAGUAAACAUAAACAUAAUGUGUUUUUUCACAGGCACUGCAGAGGAAGUAGCAAAGAUUGUCUUCUGAUGGAGGGAGUGGUGAAAAUCUCCUGGUUCUGUCCUGGGGGUCAAAAUGAGGACACAUUUGAUAAGUGUGUGGCCUUCACCAAUCUUCAUGGAGAUGCCAAGUACCAUAGGCAACAACUCAGCUUCCUGCAGGAAAUUUCUUCUGUCAUUGUGGUCGUCAUGUCAUCUUCUGAUGACAACAAAGAAAACCAGAAUCUUGUCAGACACUUAUGUCAGUCAUCAAUACAUCUAGUCUGCUUGUUAGAUGAUAAAAAUGUCUUGGCCAACAAUUCUGGUAGAAGAGUAAGAAUUGGCAUCAGGAAAAGAAAUGAGGCAGAAUUAAUUGAGGAACUCACAAAUGCCAUUAAACAUUUACUAGAGGUCCCUCAUAAUUCUCUUAGCUUAGAGGACUGUUCACAGAUAGCUCGAACACAAGGAUUCCUGGUUGAUGAAGACCAGAGACUCUGCAAGGAUGCCAAAGAAAAGGCUGAGAUUAUAAUGGCCCUACUAAGAAAACAGACAUUAUCCAUGAUAAAGAAAAACCUACUACAUCUUCAGGGACAACUGUGGCAUAUGUGGUGUAAGAAGGACAAAGAACUCUAUCAUCUGAGAGAAAAGGGAAAUCGGAGUAUUGAACAACAUAAAAGUGAUAUAGAUAUUCAGAAACAAAAAAUAUGAUAUGAACAAUUAGAGAAAGCCUGUCCUCCCAAUGAUGUAAUGCAUUCUUCAAUCCUUCAAGAACAUGAAGAAGCUCCUGCUAAACAUUACAUCUUGUAGUGGCUGGGUCAUUUAUUACACAACUUGACCAAAGGACAUUUGGAAAAAUUACAGCAGACAUUGUGGUCAAUGGUACAAACAGAAAAACAUCAGAAAUAUAAAAGUAACUCCCUAACAAUCUUGCAGAAUCAGAUAGAAGCCAUCUCCACAGAGAUUCACGACUGUACUUUUGGAAUUGAUCAUCUUCUCAGAGAAGUUGGCCAGAUUUAUGAAGCUCUGGAAGAAACUUUUCCCACUAGAGAUAAAAGUUUUCUCUCUUUCCCUCAGAUUGCUGCAGACCUGAUGAUAGCUGGUGUUCCCAUUGAGCUGAUAGAUGGGGAUGCUUCAUAUGUGCCUCUAAAAUGGGUGGCAGCUGUUUCUGAGAAGAUCUCAGAGAAACUUGGAGAAAAAAGGCUGUUUGUCCUCUCUAUCCUUGGAUUGCAGAGCUCAGGGAAGUCCACUCUGCUGAAUGCCCUGUUCGGGUUGCAGUUCACAGUCAGUGUGAGCCGGUGCACUAGGGGGACCUAUAUGCAGCUUCUGAAGGUAGAUGAGACAUUCACAAAGGAACUUGUUGAUUAUAUUCUAGCAGUAGACACAGAAGGACUUCGGGCUCCAGAACUCAAGAACAAAUCCCAGAACUGGGACAAUGAAUUGGCAACAUUUGUCAUUGGCCUUGGAAACUUGACUCUGAUCAAUAUUUUUGGAGAGAAUCCAUCAGAGAUGCAGGAUAUCUUACAAAUAGUUGUCCAAGCCUUUCUAAGGAUAAAACAAGUGAAAAUCUCCACAAGUUGCAUCUUUGUCCAUCAGAAUGUGGGAGAAGUUACAGCUAAAGACCAAACUAUGGAAGGCCGAAGGCGACUGGAGCAGAGACUGGAUGAGAUGACAGCAUUAGCUGCUGGACAGAAAGAGUGCGCAGACAUAACCCGCUUCAGUGAUGUAAUUAAAUUUGAUGCCAAUAGUCAUAUCUACUUUGCCCACCUCUGGGAUGGCAAUCCCCCAAUGGCCCCUCCCAAUCCUCACUAUAGCCACAAUGUCCAGGAGUCGAAGGCUGGGAUUCUUAGGACUGCCCAGCAGGAAUCCAAGGGAAGGAUCAUAAAGAUUUCAGAUGUAAAAUUCUGAAUUCAGGAUUUGUGGAAAGCCCUGGUCAGUGAGAACUUCAUUUUCAGUUUCAGGAACACCCAAGAGGUCAAAGCCAUGAGUUAUCUGGAAACCAUGCAUAACCACUGGACCUGGGAGCUGAGGAGCCAUGUGCUGGACUUACAAAUUCAGCUGUAUAAUUGGAUUCAUAAUGGGAAAAUCCUGACUCUCACAACUAAUACACUGGAGGGUCCAGUCAGUACAAAUUAUGAAACUAUCAAGCAAGAUUUUGACAAGUAUUUUGAAGAAAAUCCAGAUAGUGAAAUAUUGGUUCAAUGGAAAGCAAAUUUUGAAAACAUGCUAGUAUUCCUUAAAGAUGCACUUAUUUCAGACACCAGAAAGAAAUGCAAUGAGCUCAUCAGUCUUAAACAAAGCCAAGAAAGACUAGAUAACCAAAAUUCACAAUAUGAAAAUGAACUGUUAGAGAGGAGCAGAGAGUUGGCUUUAGAUGUGAAGGGUAAAGAAUUAAGUGAUGAAGAGUUGCGUGAGAAAUUUGAUCAACUUUGGACAAAUUGGAACUACAAUGUGUCUGUGACUGCACCUCCUGUCAAAGACCCUGACAUUGAUUUGGAUGCUGAAAAUAUCCUUUUGGAAUAUUUCAAGAAAGAGAAAAACAUCAUGGAAAGACUGAAAGUGAAGUCAGGAGAGAUGUUUGAAAUCAAUUAUUCCAAACAUGUCCAAAUGAAAAAAAUGUAUAUAUUUCCAAGGAGUUUAGAAGUCUGUCAUCAAGAAUCUAUUAGUAAAACUACUAAUAACAUUUACUCAAGAAAUAAUGAAACAAUAACAAACAUUUGGAAGCAAAUGCAUGAUUACAGUCAGAGUGAUUUUCAUGAAAUCCUGAGGAUAAUAGAAAAUGAACUGAAAUCUGUUCCCCCUGAGGAAGAAUACACAUUUACCAGAGACUACACCAUAGACUUAUCCUUGUGCUUAUUCCAAAGAGCAUCUAAGAGUUUCAAGGAAAUGCACAAGGUGUUCAAGAGAGAAAAUGAUCCUGUGAACUAUCUGGAGAGAAAGAAAGAUGGUUUCUUCAUGAGUUUUAAGAUCUCCUGCCAAGGUGCUACCUCUAUCACAUCCUUUGUUGAAUUCCUGUGGCUCAAGCUCACUCCUGCUGUCUCUACCACCAUAUGGGAAAUGAUGGGUCCUAAAGUAGCUGGGGACAUGCGAGCUACCUGCCCUGAAUUUAAUGGCAACAGGGCUAACCUGGAAAAGCAUAUUCUCUACUCUCUAGCUGAAGAAGAAAACUUUGAUAAGUAUUGGCAAUACAUUCAUCAUCCAGAAUCCUUUUUCAAGAGUUAUAUUCAUUACCAUAUUAGAAGACACUGUUUUAAAAAAGGAGGUGAAAAAAUAAAGACAUUUUUAAAAAUAAGUUUAGAUGACAUCAAGAAUGCUAUCCUCUCUGCCAUUAAUGAGGCAAUAGCAGAAGCUAAAGGUGAAAGCAGCACUGCUUCUCGCUGGUUGGAUUUGUUCUAUGAUCAUCUAGGGAGCAACCUGAUCUUUCCAAAAAGCGACCUGAUAAGCAUCCAGCACCAGGAGAUAAAGGACACUGAGUUUCUCAAAGAAGCCAUGAGUGCAGCUUUGGAUCCUGCAAUGAGGAAAGUCAAAGAAGACUUCUCAAAUAAGCCCAUAGAUGAAAUGUUUUCUGACAUUGAGAAAAUUCUCUCUGCGCAUCUCUGUGGCUGUUGGAAUCAUUGUUCUUUUUGUAAAGCAGUUUGUACAAACACCAUUCCCCAACAUGAUGGAGACCACAGUGUGCCAUUCCACCAUCCUCAGGCUGUCAAUGGAUGGCAUAAGCAUAAAACAGACUACUUUGUCAUUGACUGCUGUACUAGUUCAGUAGCAAGUGAUCAUUCAUUUAUUUUACAUGACCUCCAAAAAUUCCCAUAUAAGAAAUAUCGAGAAGCAGGAGGUAAUUUUGCCAAGUGGAGCAUCACCCCAGACUCAUCUACCCAGCCAUAUUGGAAAUGGUUUGUCUGUCAUUUCAGAUCAGAGCUAGAAGAGAAGUAUGGAAAUAAAUUUAAAAAGUGGGGUACUAUUCCAGAUUCGUGGACCAAAAUCACAAAGCAAGAAGUGCUUGAUGAUUUGAAAAAUAACAUUUGCCACAAAUAGGACACUAACACUGCUAUAAUAAUUUCACAUUAUUCAAGGGAAUCUAGUAUUGAUUUACAUCCCAUUUUCAUUCUUCCAUCUUACAAAUUAAAUAAGUAAAAACUAAAUCACUUGCUAUUUCAAAAUUUGAAGAUUUUCUAUUAAAAUAA